AUGUUCAGCUAUCGCGAACAUGGGCGAAAACGCAGCAACCAAGGACGUGAUCGAUGCGUGGAAGCAAUUGGAGCUCAGGAUUCGAGUGUCAGAAUGAAUGCAUGUAAAGCUCUCGAGAAAAUGGGCCCAGAUGCAGCAACCAAGGACGUGAUCGAUGCACUGGUGAAAGCACUUGGAGAUCAGGAUUCGAUUGUCAUAAUGAAUGCGUGUAAAGCUCUCGAGAAAAUGUGCCAAGAUGCAGCAACGAAGCACAUGAUCGAUGCGCUGGUCGAAGCACUUGGAGAUCAGGAUUCGAAUGCGAGAAUCAAUGCAUGUAAAGCUCUCGGGAAAAUGGGCGAAAAAGCAGCAACCAAGGACAUGAUCGAUGCGCUCGUGAAUGCACUUAGAGAUCAGGAUUCGAGUGUGAGCUCGAAUGCAUGUCGUGCUCUCGGGAAAAUGGGCGAAAAAGCAGCAACCAGGGAAAUGAUCGAUGCGUUGCUGGAAGCACUUGGAGCUCAGGAUUGGAGUGUCAGGUGGAUCGCAUGUCAUGCUCUCGGGAAAAUGGGCGAAAAAAAAAGCAACCAAGGAAGUGAUCGAUGCAUUGAUCAAAGUCCUUGGACAUCAGGAAUCGAGUGUUAG